AUGCAUGCUUAUUAUUACGAUGACAACGAUGGUUCAGACCCAAAAGAACCUCAUGAAAAAAAUCCACUUACCAUUGUUACCCCUGAAGAACUUGCACAUGUUGGUGUUUCAUACUUACAUAUAGAAGGAGAGGAUUUUCUUGAUAAAAUUGAAAAAAUAUCUGAGGAAAGACGUUAUAAAAAUCUCUCGAAAGAAGCAUUAGGUGAUAUGUAUGAUAAUAAAAUGAAAAUUUUUUUUGAAGAACAUCUUCAUGAAGAUGAAGAAAUUCGUUAUGUUCUUGAUGGUUCUGGGUAUUUUGAUGUUCGAGAUUUGCAAGACAAAUGGAUUCGUAUUGCAGUCACUAAAGGAGAUUUGAUUAUUUUGCCUGCAGGAAUUUAUCAUCGUUUUACAACUGACACCAACGAUUACAUAAAGGCUAUGCGUUUAUUUAAAGAGGAACCAAAAUGGACACCAAUUAAUCAAAAGAAGCGAAAAGCCACUGAUGCUUCUGUCAUUCCUCCAAAGAAGCAACACAUAACCUUGGAAUCCUUCUUUCCUGGGGUUGAUGUUCCCUUACGAGAAAACAAAUCUAUAGACAUCUUAGGCAUAGUAAAACAAGCCUUCUGUUCCUUUGAUCAAAAUACUAUUGCCCAAGGGUCAUCUCGUGCAUAUAAAAGUUCUAAUAAUUUGCUGGUGGAUUCGGAGCCCAAUGUGAGAGUCCUAAAAGAAAGUGUUUACGAUGCCGAGAUGUACCGGAUCCUCCUUAAUCAGCUUGCUAAAGUAUAUCAUUAUGAAAUUACGGGACAACUCUGA